AUGUCCGUGGGCGCUCACCAGUUGGGCUCCCAGGACGUGCAAGUCGCCCCCUGGUUCGAGAAGAUGUGGCUGGCUUGCGACGGCCUCUCCGACGGCGUGACGGGAAUGGAGAAGAACGACGUGGGUUGUUUCAGGGGAUUGCUUUCCGCCGCAAUAGACAGUGCCCUCGCCGGCGCCGUCACGGCCUCGGAGAAGGGGGAUGCAGAGCCAACGCAGGGAGGAGAGGGGCAGGUGGCGAAGGGAGGCAGAGAUUGCCACCGCCACCCCCGUCGCCGCGUCUCAGAAGAAGACGGAGCUCUUUUCCCUGUACCAUCUCGAGGAGGAGAGGGGAAUGGCCGAGCUAUUGGUCAAGACGGCCACCGAGGACUCUGGAAAGGAGACGCUGCUCGCCAUCGGCAGAAGGUCCGGGAGAACCGGGAGGCCAAGGACGGCAAGUGGCAGAAGAAGCUCGACGGCGUGGAGGCCAGGCUUCUCGGUCGCGUGGAAGACGAGCUUGGUGACACGCCUGCCACCAUCGCCUCCGUUCGCGCAGACGUCCUCCAGCUGACAAAGCAAGCUGCCGACAUGCCUACUGCCAUGGAGAAGGCGGUGAUGGACGAGAUAUUCCGCUCCGGCACCGAGCAGCUGGAGAUGGGGCAGGCCAAGCUUCGUGAGGAGAUGGCCAGAUUACAGCAGGAGACCGAGGAGGCUAUGGGGGACCUCACGGCCAAGCUGAACAACGUCAAGGAGAACACCGACGCCCUCGGAUCUGGCCUCCUGACGGUUCAGAAUGUCGUCAUGAUUUGUACUGGGCGCAGGAUCACGGGAGUCCUAUACAAGAUGGACGAGGGAGCGGAGGGUUCCACCAGGGUGUGGGGCGAGGGACCCAAGCUAGGCCCACACUUCGCCCAUUGGAAGGCCACCAAGAAGAAACUCAAGGGAGACAUCGGGGACGACGACGACGACGAGGAGAAGGAGGCGGGCUGCAACCUCUCGGGGCCGCCCCAGCAGGAGGCGGCCGACAAUCCCUCAGGACCGUCGCAGCAGGAGGCAGGGCUCCUCCACCGGCACCUGGAGCGGUAG